GCUGAGCGAUGUUUUUAAGGGAAAUGGGUUCAGGUUUCUAGAUUGAGACGGAAGGGGGAAGUUAAUAAUUUAAAUGCCUAUCACAUCUAGCAAAUCUACAUCAGAGGACCAGAAAACAACUUCCAGACACCAUCCUUGCUCCUGAAAAAUUCGACCGGAAAACCUCCUGUUUUCGUAAGACUUAGGUUUAAAUCCUUGAAUCCUGUCCACUCCUGUCUUUGUUAACGUGCAAUAGUUGCACCGGGACGUCCGUGAUAAACUAGAUAAUCAGUGACAUUUCAAUUAACAUGAAUUGUUUAAUAUGUUAAUGACUUGCUGUUUACUAGUGUUUUCUUACCUGACAAUAUCUGGUUAUCAUAUCGGAGAGUCACGGUCUCAUUUGUACGAACAAAGGAGAUGGUAGCUUGACCGAAACAGAUCAAUGUGUAUAAUAUCGAUAGCUCGUUUUCCAAAAGGGGAGAGAUUUAACUUUAUAUAUAGAAGAUAUAAAUUACUGUGGCUAGAAAUAGGAAAACACACAGAAGAAGAUGGCAACAACAAAAGGCAAAGCUGGAAUAAAUAAUGAAAGCAGUUCUGGUCGGGAUUGUGGCAGGACAGACGCAGGCAGUUCCACCGCAGGGGCCGCAUCCCUGACCACCCACAGGACCUACAGUCUAGACGACCUGGACACUAUUGCCACUGUUGGUACAGGAACCUUCGGAAGGGUUUUUCUGGUGAAGGACAAAAAAACAAGAGGUUUCUUUGCUCUGAAGGCGAUGAAGAUUCCUGAGGUAAUCCGUCUGAAACAGGAACAACAUGUCCAUAAUGAGAAAGAGGUUUUGACAGAGGUGAACCAUCCUUUCCUCGUCAGACUGUUCUGGACGCACCAUGAUGAUCGCUUCCUGUACAUGCUGAUGGAAUACGUUAAUGGCGGUGAACUCUUCAGAUAUUUACGCAGCCGAGGACGAUUCAGUAACAACACUGGACUAUUUUAUUCAGCGGAAAUUGUGUGUGCCAUUGAGUACCUUCACUCUAAAGAAAUCGUCUACAGAGACCUGAAACCAGAGAAUAUCCUGCUGGACAGUGAGGGGCACAUUCGCCUGACAGAUUUUGGCUUUGCUAAAAAGCUCUCAGAAAGGACAUGGACUUUGUGUGGUACUCCUGAGUAUUUGGCUCCAGAAGUCAUCCAGAGUAAAGGUCAUGGGCGAGCAGUCGACUGGUGGGCUCUGGGUGUGCUCAUCUUUGAAAUGCUAGCAGGGUAUCCUCCAUUUUUUGAUGAUAAUCCAUUUGGCAUCUACCAGAAGAUUCUGGCAGGAAAGCUGGAUUUUCCGCGGCAUCUGGAUUUCUAUGUAAAGGACCUAAUUAAGAAGUUUCUGGUGAUUGACCGGGCAAGAAGGCUUGGGAACAUGAAGAAUGGAGCAGAUGAUGUGAAAAAGCACAGAUGGUUUAAGUCUAUAGACUGGGAGUUUGUGCCCUGUAGAAGACUCAAGCCACCUAUUCUUCCAAAGGUAUCUCACGAAGGUGACACAUCAAACUUUGAUACCUAUCCUGAGGAUGAGUGGAAGAAGGACAUGCCAGUACCAUCUAAGGAUCUGGAAAUUUUCAAGAACUUCUGAAAGGAUUUUCUUAAUGAGUAAAAAUACAAGGCUGGAAAAAAAUGAAAAAGAGCUGAAGUUUUAAGUUAAAGGUCAUGGUUUCAUCAAUAUAGGCAUGUGUUGCCUGCUUCAGUGUCUGCUAAAUAAUGAAUAACUUCAUUUUUUCUAUUUAUAUUAUGCAAAUAUAAUGUUUUUAAAUAUCAAGUUUAAAUCAGCAAUAACAAGGUUCUGUUCGAGGUUCCUUGUGGUGGGUCAAGACAAUGUCUUUGCUUACCUGAAGUGUAUGGUCAUGUUUUUGUGAUGAUUUUAUAGCUUGAAAAGCUUACUGAAUCAGUGCUUUUAGCCUGACUAUUUUUGUUUCUUCUAGAAAAUAUUAUUUAUCUGAACUUGUUUUGUUGAUCCCCAAUCUUUUUACCACAUAAAACUCUUACAGUAUGUCUCUUUAUAUAUCAAAACUUAAGAAUCCAAAGAGCUUUCGAACAGAUUCCUGCCAGGAUCUUGGACUCAGAAUGCUAGGUAAAGUAGAGGUAGCGCCUACCUAAUCAAGAUUUACCUCACAAAACGUAUUGAUUACUUCAAUGAAUCAGCAUUAAUGUUUGGUUUUGGUUCAAAAACGUUGUCUGUUGUUCUGUAAGAUGCAUCUCGUUAAGUAUGCAUUUUCUAGUUGGUUAAAAUGCUUAAACACUUCAGAUUUAUUAAACCGGUGCUUGUCUACGGUUGCCUUGCAUUGAUAAUGGGAUAAUUCAGCACACAGUUUACAUUAUUUAGUAUGAUGUAAUGGAAUUUAAAGGGAUAGUUCACCAUAAAUGAAAAUUAUCUCAUCAUUUACUCACCCUCUUGCCAUUCCAGAUAUGUAUGCCUUUCUUUCUUCUGCAGAACACAAACAAAGAUUUUGAAAAUAAUAUUUCUGCUCUGUAGGUCCAUACAAUGCAAGGGAAAGAGUACCAAACCUUUGAAGCUUCAAAAACACAUAAAGGCAGCAUAAAAAUAAUCCACAAGACUCCAGUGGUUAAAUCCAUAUCUUCAGAAGCGAUAUGAUAGGUGUGGGUGAGAAACAGAUCAAUAUUUAAGUCCUUUUUUACUAUCAAUCUCCACUUUCACAUUCUUCUUCAUUUGUGUAUGGUGAUUCACAUUCUUCAUGCAUAUCGCCAACUAUGGGCAGGGAGGAGAAUUUAUAGUAAAAAAGGACAUAAAUAUUGAUCUGUUUCUCACUCACACCUAUCAUAUCGCUUCUGAAGACAUGGAUUAAACAAAUGGAGUCUUAUAGAUUAGUUUUAUGCUGCCUUUAUGUGCUUUUUGAUGCUUCAAAAUUCACCAUUCACAUGCGUUGUGAGGAUCUACAUAGCUGAGAUGUUUUCUAAAAAAUCUUAGUUUUUGUUCAGCAGUAGACAGAAAGUCAUACACAUCUGGGAUGGCAUGAGGGUGAGUAAAUGAUGAGAGAAUUUUCAUUUUUGGGUGAACUAUUCCUUUAAAACAUGUGAAAUUUUUUUGGCAUAUUCAAAGCUUUGUGUAAAGGGAUGAGAACUGAAUAUUGCGUGAAAUGCUUUAAAAUUGUUGCACCCGUGUUUUCGUUGUGUAUGUUUAAACCAAUUCUUCCUCUUUCCUAACCGCUCUCAUUUUCCUGACUGUGUUUGUCUGAAUCAGUGAUAUAACAUUGUAAUUUGUCUACUGAAAUUCAUUUCUUUGGGGUAAUUUCUUUAAAAUAUGGCUUUGUUAGAACACUGUUGAUUUUAAAUUGCAGAUGCAAUUUAAUACUAAGGAAACCAUCUUGCAGAUUUCAUAUGGACUAGUAUGAUCCUUUAAAGCUGAUGCAUUGUCUGUCUUUUAUCAUCUACAGUCAGUGGUACAUGUAAAGAUUUUUUUUGUGGGAGUUUUUUUCUGAUGUUUGUGUCGUAUCCUGUAUGAAUAAUUUUGCUGUAUUCUCAAUUUUUAGAUUUUUUUUUUUUUUUUUUUUUUUACUGUUUUGAGAAAAUAUAUUUUAUAUAAUUUGCAACAGCAAAAACGGAAAUGAAGUUCUAUGAACUUACAAAUCGACACAAACCUAGCAUAGGAUUUUUAUACUGAUUUUUAAUUUUACUUUUUAGUUUAUUAGUAGGCACCUUUCCUUUCUGAACAUUGAUAGUAUUUAAGAUUGUACAAGUGCAGUCUUCCCUGUAACCAUGAAAAUAAAUGGAACUUUCCAUGUGGGCAAAA